AUGUCGAUUGAACUCGAGAAGAUCUUGGCCGCAUCCCCUGCAACAACGCGGGGCCAGCCUACGCAGCUCUCAUGCGACGCCAAAGGAGAGCGCAUUGCAUAUGCUUCUGGCAAGUCCAUCUACCUGCGGAACAUCGACAACCCCGCCCUCAGCAAGCAAUACACGGGCCACACGACCACGACAACGGUAGCCAAGUUCUCCCCGUCGGGCUUCUGGGUGGCCUCGGGCGAUGUCUCAGGGAAGGUACGCGUGUGGGACGCCGUCGAGGCGGUCAACACCAAGGGCGAGUACGCCAUCAUCUCCGGACGGAUCACCGACAUUGCGUGGGACGGCGACAGCCAGCGGCUCAUCGCCGUCGGUGACGGCCGCGAGCGCUUUGGCCACUGCAUUACGGCCGACAGCGGCAAUAGCGUCGGCGAGGUCAGCGGCCACAGCAAGGUUAUCAAUGCCGUCACUGUGCGCCAGCAACGGCCCCUGCGUGCCGCCACCGUCUCUGAUGACAGCACCAUGUGCUUCCUACAUGGCGCACCCUUCAAGUUUGCAACCAAGGCCGCGGGGCUGCACAAGGGCUUUGUGAUGGGCGCGGCGUUUAGCCCAGAUGGUGCGAUGCUUGUUACUGUUGGCGCAGAUAGGAGGAUCCAGCUGUACGAUGGCAAGACGGGAGAGCCGACAAAGCAGAUCGGCGAGGGUGCGCACACCGGCAGCAUUUUUGCUGUGAGCUGGGCGAAGGAUUCGAAGCGGUUCGUGACGGCGAGUGCGGACCAGACAGUGCGGAUAUGGGACGCUGAAGGCGGCGAGUGCCUGCAGACAUGGCGGCUUGGGCCGGAAGGGAGCGUCAGCGUGGCCGACCAACAAGUUGGUGUAGUAUGGCCGCACGGCAGGAGUGAUGGGCUUAUUAUCAGUCUAAGCCUGAGCGGUGACAUUAACUAUCUCACCGAGGGGAGCGCCCAGCCUAUCAAAGUAGUUCAGGGGCACAAUAAGAGCAUAACUGCGCUGGGGGUGGGGUCUGACGGCAAGGGGAGCACCGUCUCCACGGGCAGUUUUGACGGCCGGGUGUGCAGCUGGGACGUCUCUACUGGCAUUGGGAGUGUGGUAGAAGGCCAAUCCCACUCCAACCAGGUGACGCAAUUUGCCUCUACAGCAGGCCAGACAUUCAGCGUAGGGUGGGAUGAUACGCUCCGCAUCAUCCAGGAGUCGACGAACAACUUCCUCGGUACCUCGAUCCCGCUGGGCGCCCAACCAAAGGGCAUUUCCGCCAGCUCCGGUGGUCACGUCUUCGUAGCCCUCAACAACGGCAUCGCCGUCUACAAGGCCAAUCAACUGCUCGGCCAGCUCCCCACCGAUUUUACGCCAACCACGAUAGCAGCGGAUGGCUCGCUCGUGGCCGUUGGUGCCAACGAGAACGCCGUGCAAGUCUAUAGUCUCGACAACAACAGCGGCGAACUCUCUCCCAGAGCCAGACUGACCAACUCAACCGCUCAGAUCUCCACCUUAUCUUUCUCACCGGACGGCAAGCACCUGGCUGCGGGUAACGCAUCGGGCAAGAUUGUGGUGUACAAGACGAGCACCGGGACAUCAUCAUGGGAGGUGGCGACGGACCGGUGGUCGGCGCACACGGCGCGCGUGCUUUGCAUCGCCUGGAACCGGGCCGGUACACACGCCGUCAGCGGCGGGCUCGACACCAACGUACACGUGUGGAGCCUGGCGAAGCCCGGGAGCAGAGUCAAGGCGGCCAACGCGCACAAGGACGGCGUGUACGGCGUGGCUUGGGUGGACGGGGACCAGAAGGUUGCGAGCGCCGGGGGGGACGCAGCCGUGAAGAUAUGGGCGGUCAAGGGCCUUCAAUAG